AUGGGAUUUAAUCAUAUUUAUUCCCUACAGUUUGCUAUGACACGAUUGCUAACGAAUUAUUUAUAUGAUUAUAAUAAUACCUUCACAAAAGAUCUUCAAUUUUUUCAUGAAGAAGUAUGCAAAGUGAUUGUCUCAAAGGUUGGGAAUUUACCACAAAUUGUGAAGAAACUAUCUGAAAAGUUGUGUCAUCUUCAGUCACCUCACGUACGUUUUGGAUUGUUUGAUGCUGAAGGCUAUACAGUACGUACAAAUUGGUGGGAUAUCAAUGGGAUAAAUGGAACCUUUAUUCUACCAUUUAUUGGACUAGGAAUAUUUAAAACAAAAAAAGUCAAAUUUUCAGUAAGAGUACAAAGACCUUACAUAGCUACAUGUCAACUUGAUAGCAACAAAACUGGUGACUUUAUCCUUGGAUCUAUUCAAUUACGUAGAAUAUAUUUAACUCAUCAACAAUACCCACGUAGACUUACGUGGGAGGAAUUAAUUAACGAGCCUGGAAUAAUUUCUAUUGCGAAUACGACGAUGCAUCCCAUGAGUUUCCUGAAAGAGUCUAAUCUCAAGAAUGACUCAUAUUCCUGUGAUGAUAUUGAUCCAAAUAAUUUUGUUGCUCAUCUGCCAGAUAGUGGUGGUAUAUUGUUCUGGUUCAACAAGUAUACAUGUUCUUUAAUACAUUCAACCGUAACAGAAGUUUGUGUAUUUACCAAUAAUGGUUUGGACUCAUAUUACAUCAUACAUAACCAUAGUCCAAAUAUGGUACAAUUUUGUACUCAAGAUAAACUUUCAGUUCAAGACAUUCUAAAAUCAAGACAUGGACGUCAGUUAGCAUACACAUCUGAACUAUCAAGUGUAGAUGGAUUUGUAAAAUUUCCCCCAGCUGGACUCACAUCUCUCAUGGAGAGCAGUGUUUGAUCUCAAGAAGAAAACGAAUAUUCAUUAUGAUAGUGAUAGUAGGAUGAUAACAUUCAGUUAUGAAUCCUAUUCCUACAAGAUAUUUAUGAAGGAUAAAUCACAGUAUAUCAUGCAUAGAAUGCAAUGAUGGAAAGAUAUUGGCUGGUAGCUCUGGUAGCUUGCCCAGUCAUUCAAUGGAAAUCGAUGGAAACAUAUUUAAGAGAAGUCCAAUUACACUCAUGUAUUCAUGAGAUUAGAUAAUUCUAAACAUUUUGAAUGGCAGAUUGUACAA